ACUGCAAUGAUGAGGAGAUGGGAGUCUCUAGCUAUCUGAAGUCUCUGAAAUGGUUUCACAUCCCUGUAGGGGUAGGACUUACGUACGUCGCCUAUCAACAAUUGCAUCACACAAGGAAGCGAGAGAAGAGGAAACUGCAAACUACCAGCCCAGCAGAACUUGUAGCUAAAGACUGGCAGGUUGAUAUUCUAACCUACUUUCCAACACGGCUGUUGUCUCGUGCAUGGGGUCGGUUGGCAGACCUGAAGCUGCCUGUCUGGUGCAGGAAACCAAUAUUUGGUUUGUACGUCUAUAUCUAUGGUUGUAACAUGGAUGAGGCUGACAUCAGUGAACUCAAACACUACCAAACUGUCCAGUCGUUCUUUACACGAAGGUUGAAGAAAGAUGCAAGACCCGUUGAUGGAGAACAUGAAUUGGUCAGUCCCUGUGAUGGUUGUGUUUUGCAUCAUGGAGUGGUGGAUAAAACAGGACAAAUCGAGCAAGUCAAGGGUGUCACAUAUCCUUUGGGAGAAUUAACCGGUCCAAUUGAACCAACACUUCUACCAAAAAAUUGCUCUGAGAGUAACUCGGAGAGACUUUACUACUGUGUUCUGUAUCUUGCACCCGGUGACUACCAUCAUUUCCACUCUCCAGCUGACAUCCAGUUUAAAGAGCAGCGACAUUUCCCAGGAGCUCUGCUCUCUGUUGCCCCAGCAUGGGUUCGGUUUAUACGAGGCAUCUUCACUCUGAAUGAAAGAGUUGUGCUUCUGGGUCAUUGGCAGUACGGAUUCUUUGGUUAUGUUGCUGUAGGGGCCUAUAAUGUGGGAUCAAUUCAUUUACAAGUUGAUCAGGGGUUGGUGACAAAUCAAGCUAUGGAUUAUCAACUAGGAGAUUUCAUAAGGAAAAGCUACGCAACCCAAGAAAAAAUUGAAAACGGCCAACUAAUUACGAGUAGUAACCCAAUGAGCAAAGGAAAAGGAGACCAUGUUGGCUGGUUUUCAUUAGGAUCGACAAUAAUCCUCAUCUUUACAGCUCCAGAUAGUUUCAAAUUCACUGCCAACUCGGGUGAUAAACUGUUGGUAGGCCAGCCAUUAGGCAGACUACACCACAAGCCUCAGACGGGUUCAUGA